AUGCCUUCAUCCAGUUUGUGUCAAGAGGACACAUGUACUACAUAUGGCUUCAUCGACGAUUACAGUGAAGGAGCCCAUCCGCAAAUACUCGAGGCUCUCCUCCGUACAAACUCCACCCAACAAGUCGCCUAUGGAAAUGACAACUACUGCAACCAAGCCAGACAAUUGAUCCGAGGCAAGAUCGAUUGCACUGAGGACGAAGUGGACAUUCAUUUUGUGCCCAGCGGAACUUCAGCAAACCUCAUCUCGAUAGCCAGCUGUUUACGCCCUUACGAGGCUGUAAUUACCGUGGAUACCGGGCAUAUUGCAUGCAAGGAGGCCGGUGCGAUCGAAGCAACUGGACACAAAUUGAUCCUCGUUCCAGCGGUGGAUGGAAAGAUGACACCUCAAAAUCUCCUCAAAUCCUUUAAUCAGAAUCAAUUCUAUCCUCACAUGGCCAAGCCGCGUAUGCUGUACCUCACCAAUGCGUCGGAGAUUGGUACAAUUUACACCAAAGAGGAGCUUACCACCCUUUCGGCCCUGUGCAAGAAGCUGGGUCUGCUACUAUUCAUGGAUGGCGCACGACUUGGAACUGCUCUCUGCUCGAAGAGGAACAACUUGGCUCUGAGAGAUAUUCUUGACUUGACUGAUAUCUUUUGGAUUGGUGGUACCAAGGCCGGCGCUCUACUGGGAGAAGCGAUUGUCGUAAAAAAGAGCCUGGCUGAAGGCUUCGUUUUCCACUUGAAACAACACGGUGCUUUGCUGGCAAAGGGCCGAAUUCUGGGCAUCCAGUUUGUCGAGCUUUUCCGUUCGGAUCUUUUCUUUACUCUGGCAGGACAUGCGAACGAGAUGGCCCAGGAGCUCUCUACCAACUUUGAGGAAUUGGGGUACAGUUUGGAAGCAAAGACGGAGACAAACCAGGUGUUUGCCAUUCUACCUAAGGAACUGGUUCGACGGCUUCAAGACAGAUUCAGAUUUUAUAUCUGGGACGAGCGAGAGGAUGGCCACUCGGUGGUCCGGCUUGUGACGUCUUGGGCUACUGAUGCUCUGCAAGCCAAAGUCAAAUGCAUUCAUGAAGGGAAUCCACCAUGUCAACGCUGCCAAAGAAUAAAAAUUCAGGAAUGUCUCCUGACAGACCCUAGAGUCUCCAGACCAAAGAAGGACCCAAGUACUCCUUCAUUGAAGCCCUCAAGGAAGCGAAAAGCCACCUCCGAGCUAUCUCCGUCGACAAUCAUUAGUGCUUUUGAAACAUAUCGGAAGAAAUUCCCAGUCGCCAAUUUCCUUCACUAUCCUUCGCUGAUAUCUGAUAUAUCCACCAAUCCUGCAUCGGUGGACCCGGUUUUUAUCGCCUCACUUUUGUCCAUGUGUGUGCGGUUCAUGUCCAAUAGUGAGCUGGAUACUGAGGAUACCUAUGCGGAUUAUGCGCGGAAACACCUCGCGCACCGGGUGCUUGAGUCUCCGUCGCUAUAUCUUGCGCAGUCGUUGGUGAUGAUCUCGUUUUACGAAUGGGGGUCUGGUCGACCUUAUCAAGCCUGGAUGUACAGCGGUAUGGCCACAUAUAUGAUCCAAUCGCUGUUGAAAAUGUCAGACGACAGUAUGGAGCAUAACCCGCAGGAAUUUCACGCCUCGCAAACACAGUACGAGCAGCUUGUCCGCACAUACUGGUGCUGCUUCGCCCAAGACUGCGAGCUGAGUUCAGGAGCUCGACAGCAUUUUGCUCUUUCAUUUUCGCAGAUCUCCGUGCCGCUUCCCAUCAGUGAUCGGGAUUUUACCUUCAAUCAUCGGCCUCCGAACAGACUGAUGCCGGCGAAUAUGAACAAACAGUUCUCUCUCGCGAAUAAUCUAACUAUUGAUCACGGUCUUACAAUUGUCACUCGGGGAUUUGAUAUAUUCGUGCGAGUUUUGAGGUUUGCGAAUGAACAUCGUCGGGCUCGGGCGUCGUCGUCUUCUAAUGCCUCCACAUCACCGCUUUAUUCCACCUGGCAGAGACUGAAGGGGGAAUUGGAUGAGUGGAGAUCUCUUCAAGAUGUGACGGUGAGAUAUCCUGCUACUAGUGCCCAGGCACAUGUAGCGCUUGGAUAUGGUGAGCUGUUCGCGUAUAUCAAUCUGGUUUAUUACAUGAGCAUUUUAUUUCUCUAUCGGGAUCGCUUUCUAUCCAGCCUCAAACCGCAUUCCGACGUUUUUCAUGACAUGAGUGAUGCUACGUCCUGCGAACCAGAUACGAUGAAACAGCUGUUUGAAGCUGCGCAACAGAUCAGUGGAGUCCUAUCCGCACUUGAAACCUCCGAAACACCGGUGAUUACACCAUACUCAGGGUUCAGCGUUUUUGUGGUUGCCCACAUAAACAUGUACGGAACCAUCUGCCCGCAAAGAUAUCCCGGGGGACCUGAGAGGGCAGAGGAAGAAAAGACCAAGAACCUCUUAUACCUCGAACGAUUGAGUAAAUUCUGGCCUGUCGGUCGUAGUUGGUGGCGAACGGUCCAAGAAGCAAAUCGAUUCUACGAAAUGGUAAAAAGCAAUCAAACACAUACAGAUUCCGGGAUACACAGUCCAAGACGCCUAGCUCUCGCAGGUAGACUGGACGAGUAUGGUGAUAUCCGAUCAUCUCGACCAAGCCAGGACCUGCGAGAGCCAACUGUCGAGUCGAAUGAAACCAGUUCGCAUCAACCUAAUGGAAGUUCCUGCUCGCCUGGUCUUGAGGGCGACCAGUUUAUUCCGAGAGACCAUAAUAAUACGGGCGGCUAUCACGAUUUCGAAACCGACAUGUUUCAGUGGCCGUUUAUUGAUGGAUCGUGGUCUUCUGGGUUCGACAAUGGUCUUGAUGGGCUGUGGCCGAGUUCUGGUCUGUUUGAUCCAGGAUCAUCAUCCUCAAGAUAA